AUGGAAGAUAGCGGGUUUCCUUGGACCCUUGGACAUGUCCAUUCCCUCAUUUCAUCGCUCUACGACCCAAAAUCGCCUGACAAUGUCGCCACUACCCAAGCUUUGCUUGCCAGCUUCCAAUCUUCGCCACAAGCUUGGUCUAUGGCCUACGAGUUGCUUAAACUGCCGGAUGAAAAAGUCAAGUUUUUUGGAGCUCUCACCAUCAUCGUCAAGCUUAACAGGGAUAGUGCCACGCUUAAUGAGGAAGACGCCAAAGAAUUGUUGAAGCAUCUGAUGACAUGGUAUCUUAGCUCUUUGAAGGCUUCUGCCAGUUUAUUGGUGCCGCGCAAACUAGCAUCUGCUCUAGCCACAUUUUUUCUCCAUUUCCAUCAGCUAUGGCCAAAUCACGUCCGUCACCUCACCAUUUGCAUGGUUGAGGAUCGAUUCUACGACCCGUUCUCGACGGAUCGCCCUCAGGAUGUGUCAGCUCUGGUUUGCAAGGCGGACGGAAACACCUUGAAAGCAAUAUUGUGGGUCAUUACUGGUAUCAUGGAAGACGUCACCAGGCUUGAAUGGAACAUCAUGAACAAUACUGGCUUGUUCACCUCCGUAAUUCAGCAUACGUCUGAUGCCGUGGCUCUUUUGUUUCAGGGUUUGACAAGCCACCGUAUAUCUGUGGCCGGCAACGAAGUCGUCAAGUGUCUGCAGUCUUGGAUUCUGUUCGCCCAGAGAUUGCCCUCACGAGACAGCCACAUUGUUGGGUUACUGAGGCAGCUAAUGCCUACGGUUAUACAACUAUUACCCGUGGAUACCCAAUUCGAAGUUUCGGCGGAAUUGCUCAUAGAAGUCCUCAAUAGUUACCCAACCUUGCUAACCAACAAUGAAUUUGAACUGUUGGCGAGUCUUCUAAUCAGUCCUUGGUCCGAUGAACAAUACCAACGCCUUUUCCAUGAAAGUCCGGAUUUCGACUCGACUCAAUUCGGGCAUUUACUCCUUGCCUUUGGCGAAGAAAGGUGUCAGUGGUUGAUGCAGACGAAUGAUGGUCGAAGCAAAUCCAUCCUGGCCAAGCUGUGCGGCUUGUUAACUUCUGAAGGCGUACCUGGUAUUGAAAACCGCGUCUUCGUUGCCGCCAUUGAGUUUUGGUCGAACCUUACAGAAACCAUGUCAGAUCUUGUGUAUUCGGGGGAAAUUCCUACAACACCAUGGGCAAAGCAAGCCUUGGACUCGGUUUUGGAAGCGGUCUCAAACGCGUGGCACAAAAUCAUUUACCCGCCCCAAGAAGUUGUCAACAAGUGGGACUCGUCUGAUAGGGUCUUCUUCGCGGAGGCUCGGAAGGAUGUGAUUGACUUCUUCCAAUCCGUGUACAGCCUAUGUGGCUCUCGAAUGGUAGCCAUCUUUGUCGAACUUGUUCUCACUGCGGUAAAUGACGCAGCCUGGCCUCGCUUGGAGGCGGCCACAUACUGCUUAGCUGGGCUUGCUGAAUGUGGCAGGGGGGAUGCCGCGCUGGAUGUGCUCAUGACCCCUGUUUUUGAAUCGUCUCUCUUCACCGACCUUGCCUCGCCAAACGGCAAUAUACCCAAUCGCACAAGACAAACAUGCGUCUACAUGAUCGAGCAAUAUACGGAAUACUUUCAGAGAAACAUAUCUUCGCUCGCCCCUGCUUUGAGGCUUUUGUUUCAUUUGCUCGGCGAUCGAUCCAUGGCCGCAAGCGCAUCAAAGUCCAUACUACGGUUAUGCUCAUCUUGCCGCCACCACCUCUACUCGGAAGCUGAUGGAUUUUUGGCCGAAUAUCGAAACCUAUCCCUCAACGAAAGACUUGACUGUACUUGCAGUGAAAAGAUUGCUGGUGCCAUCGCCUCUGUUAUCCAGGCCAUUCCCAACCAGGAUGAAAGAAGUCACGCAAGCACCAUGCUACUUGAGCACGUUUAUAAUGACGUGCUUCUCGCGAAAGAACUAUUUGGCCGCUCUGCAGAAGCAAAAAUGUCCCGCGUCGGGCAUCAGUGCGGCUGUGACACCUGGACGCUAGAGCAUCCAGCAUUGCAUUCGGCUUUAAAGGCUCUUAAAUGUCUGCACAGCAUUGGCAGAGGCUUUCAAUCUCCCGCGGAAUCGCCGAUUGAGCUUGAUAACGGCAGCCUCUUGAAGGCCAAGAAUGAUGGCCACUUGGCCUUGUCACACAGGAAGGUAGUGGAAAUAAUCACCGAUAUCGAAGCCAUCUUUGGUCAGAAUGCCGAGGUAAUGGAGCUGAUCUGCGCCAUUCUUCGCUGCGGAUUUUCCGAAGGUGAACCAGGGCCGUUCGUGCUCGAUGUAGACGUAGUCACCAGAUACUUGACUAGUCACAACGUCAACACUCCGAGACCGGGCUUGCUGGUCACCACGGCUGCUUCAUUUGUUAGCUCUCUUCAAAUACGGACGGAUGUCGACAAGGAGUCAACUUACGCUGUGUUACUUCAUUGGGUGGUUUCACUUCUCCGGAGUCUGUCCGGAGAGCCGGAACGAGAUACGGAGCUCUCUCACAAUGGAAUCGACUUCGUUUGCCGGUUGCUUAUCAAAAGCCCAAGAACCUUGCUGAGCUUGCAACCCGCCGCCGCCGCCGAGUUCUUUUUCCUGUUUACUCUCCAAGUUCUGGACGGCAACGAGCCAUUGCCAAAAGGUGCUGCUGCAGAGUUCUGGGCAACCUUUACGGCACUACAGGGCGAUCAAGCCGAUGUACAAGAACCCAUAAUGCGAGUCAUGGACAUGCUCGGCCCAUUAUUGGUUCAAAGCUUAAUCAGAAACAUUGGUGGUCGUGGUUCUAGAAGUGAACUGGACAAACUGAGUGAGCCUCUUAAGAAGCUCAUUGUUCGAUUCCCGAUGGCAAAACAUUGGCUCCAAACUGCUGUCAAUCAUGACUCCUUUCCAAGCAGCAAGGUAACGUCGGAGCAAAAGGCGCUAUUUGUCAGGAAGCUUCUAGCUCUUAGGGGCUCACGACCGACGAAUCAAAUUGUCCGAGAGUUUUGGUUGUCAGCCAGAGGCAGCAAUUUCUCCUAUGCUUCUUGA